AUGCCUCCGGCCGACGCCGCCGAGUUCGAGGCGACCAUCGAGAGCGCCGAAAACAAUGGCGGCACCGACGAGUCCGUAGCCGAAGACGCGAAUGAUCGGACGGACGAGAACCAGGAAAGCAGUGGCAUCAAGGCCUAUAAGCUGGUCGUGGACCCGGCGUGGGACGGUGCAGCCUUCACCUCGAUGAUGCAAACCGACUUGCUCACGUACUCGCUCUCCCUCUCCGUCGCGCCCCUCGCCAAGGCCAUUGAGGCCAUGGGCACGUCGCUCCAGAAGCACGAUGACACGCUUCUGCAGCUCUUACAGUACUGCCGCCACCUCGAGACAGAAAACCAAAACUUGGCGCAGUCUGCGCAAGCGUCCAAGGACGAGCUCCUGAGUCACGUUGGUACCGCGACCCAAGGCGUGCGCGACGAGCUUCUCGGGCUCAUGCAACCGUUGGCUGCCAAGACCGAGACGUUGACCGACGACUUGGCGGCAGCGACCGCUACGAUCGCCGAUCUCGCAACGCAAAUGCACAUCAAAGCCACGGAGGUCACGCCGUCGCUGCCCCCGGUGGACCCGGCCAUGCCGCAGCUCGAGCGCAUGAAGAUGAUCGAAGACCGUCUUCGGGAAUGCGUAACGAUGCACGGUCUCGAUCAGCUCCGCGACGAAAUGAGCGCCAUGUUGCCGUCGACAAGCGGGCUCGCUUCAACGAAUGAGCUCUCGGCGCUCAAGAACGAGAUGGAGGCGUCGCUCGAGAAGCAAGCGAAGACGCUCCAGGACCAGCUCGCGGCGCUGCAGACGAGCAUCGAGGACGUUGGGAAGGCGGCGAAAGCACAUGCGCCGACACCGCACCUGCACGAGCUCAAGCGCGCGCAGAGCUACAACACGGCGCUCAAACCUAGUACGCUCGGUAGUGUGACGCCACCUGCUUUGGCCGCGCCACCACCACCCGUGGACCUCACCGAGGUGCACCGGCGGCUCAACCAAGAGGAAGAACUGCUGGAGGCGCUCCGACAGCAGUACGAAGCUUUGCAAGAAGCCCUUCAGGGCCACGCCAGCGACGUGGCCGAGCUAAAGCUGCAGGUCGCGAUAACACCGUCGGCCGAGCUAUAUGCGCCUCGCACGAAUUCGCCGGGCAUGGCCGGAGCGACUGGAACAAGCGACAACGAAAUACCGCUGGACCGAAAUGCUCUCGACGCGCUCGGGCGCGACAUGACGGACGCGCGCACCAAGCUCGAGCAAUUCGCGCUGCAGCUGCGGCGUCUUGAUCCGCUCGAGAAGCAAGUUCGGGACCUCGAGGCAGCGCAAGUGAUGCUGCAGAGUGACUCGGACGCACAAAAAGCGGUAUCCCACGCCCUCCAAACGGAGCUUCGCAAGUUUGCCAACGACUUUCGCGCGUUCCAAGACGACCAAGGCUUGAUGCAAAGCUUCUCGACCGUGACGUCGUCGGGCGACGGCAGCGCAGACUUUAGCCAAGUGCUGGGUCGACUGGCCGAGAUGCGCGCCGCGCAGGACGCUGCCAUGGACGAGCUCCGCAGUCGCAUGGACACGAUGUCGGACGACAACAGCGUGACGCAGCAGUGGGUCCACCGGCUCCAGAACGACGCCAAGUUCCUCUCGGAGGCGAGCGAGAAGCACAGCGCGCACAUCGCCGACUGGGUCGAGCGCGACGACGACGAUCGGCAAAUGGCCCUCCGGCACAUUGAGAUGGCGCUGCUCAAGGAGAAGGAAGGGCUUCAGCGCGCGCUCCAAGCGCAAGAGCGGCUCGGGAUCGGAUUUGUCGACUUGCACCAGCACGCACUCGCGUUGCGCAAGGACCUCGAGCGUCUGAGCGCGGCCGAGGUGCUCUCUGUCAAGCUGCCCGACAUCCAAGGCCUCCACACGGCAUUUGGGCACCUCCUCGCGCAAAUGCCACCGCUCGUCGCGAUGCCUGCGCUGCUCAAAGACUCGUUGGCGCGUCUUGGCAACGACAUUGAAGCCGCGCACCUUCCAUCUGACGACUCGGCGGAGCUGCAAGACAAGCUCACGAGCCUCCUCCAGAUGCUCCAUACGCUCGAGCAACACAACACGGACAUGACGGCGCAGAACGCGCUGGCGAAAAACACGUACGAAUGCAUUGCGUCGACGACAACGUACCGUCGUUGUUAG